AUGGCGCCGCCGUUGAACCUGAAUUCUGCCGCCGCUCUGCAUCUCCGGCUUCGCACUUCAUUGGGUCUCCUUUUUCCACGGUUUCACUCCUCAGCUACUCCUGGUCUUGUCGGUGGGGCAAAUUAUCAAACAUCUUAUGAUCAUCGCAAUCAGAUCAACCAUGGCACCAAUCACCCCAACAACCACCCUUAUCCUCCUCCCCACACAUUCCCCAGUCAUUACAAUGUAAAUCCCAACUCAACCCGCCAGAACUACCCGCCGCCGCCGCCGCAACAGCAUGUUGUCCAGACUCAGAGCAAUCAAGUGGGUUACAGAGGCGGCGGAGGAGGCUUUUCUCAAUACCAGCCGGGCCCACAUCCACAUCAGGUUCAAAACUAUCCAACCCAUAAUCAGGCUGCAACAACCCAGGAUCAGAAUCAGCGUUUUCCAGGUUUUGGUCAAAAUCACGGUCAAUUGUUUCGUAAUUUUGAUCAGGGCCAAAACCUAGGUCAACCAGGAGGACCUAUGUCGAGCUUCCCUCAAAAGGUUAAUCAAAAUCAGGCCUAUCCUCCUCUUCACCAAAACCAAAACAUUCCUAAUUAUAAUUCUCAGACCUUUCAGAACCAAAAAGUUGGUGAACAGCAGCAGCAGCAGCAGCAGCAGCAGCAGACUUCUGUUGUUGAUUUAAGAGGUAUUUGUGAACAAGGUAAAGUUGGUGAUGCACUCAAACUGAUGGAUGAAGGUGUGGUUGCUGACGCUCACUCCUUUAGUUUACUAUUUGAGCUGUGUUCCAAGUCCAAGAACUAUGGUGAUGCCAAGAAAAUCCAUGAUUAUUUCUUGAGAUCAAGCUGCCGGAGUGAUCUUUUGCUGAACAAUAAGGUGCUUGAUAUGUAUGUCAAGUGUGGGAGCAUGACUGAUGCUAGACGGGUUUUUGAUCACAUGCCUGAUAGAAACUUGGAUUCCUGGAAUUUGAUGAUCAGUGGAUAUGGUUUCAAUGGGCUUGGUGAUGAUGGACUGGCCUUGUAUGAUCAGAUGAGAAAGCUAGGGUUGCGACCUAAUGGGGUUACCUUUCUCGCUGUUCUAGAUGCUUGUGCUAGCGUUGAUGCUAUUGACGAGGGCUUCUUACAUUUUGAGUCAAUGAAGACCGAGUACAGGAUGGAACCAGGGAUAGAGCAUUACUUGGGGCUUCUAGGGCUUCUUGCCAAAUGUGGGCAUCUUGCGGAAGCUGAGGAGUUUGUUGCCAAGAAACUUCCAUUUGAACCUACAACAGAUUUUUGGGAAGCUUUGAUGAAUUAUGCACGCAUGCAUGGCGACAUUGAUCUUGAGGACAGAGCUGAGGAGCUAAUGAUCAGUGUUGAUUCUUCAAAAAUGGCAAUGAUCAACAACACGAUUCCCACUCCGCCACCUAAAAAGCAAUCUGCAAUCAAUAUGCUUGAGGGCCGAAACAAGGCUCCCGAACUGCGCAGCACGACUCUAUACAAGGAUGAUGAGAAGUUGAGGGCUGCAAUGAAGCAGCAAGCUUAUGUGCCUGAUACACGAUACUUUCUCCGAUCAAGGAGGAAUUGGAAUUCCCGUUUACUAAGUUUGUUUGUAAAGUGGUCUCAUGUCUCGAGUACUUGGUUUGGCGGAGGUGAAUUCCCUGUUUCUGAUGCUGGAAAAUGGCAAUUAUCUUGGCUUGGACACUAUCCAGUGUAG